AGCUGUACUUAAUCUUGAAUUAUACUGACUUUUCUUCAACCUUUAAUCAUUUGAUGGAUCUCACAGUUUUCUUUACGCAAAUCCUCCUCAUAGGAUACAUUUUAACAGCCAACCUUGCAAGAUGUUGUACGAACCAAACACGAUUCUGCGAACGAAUCAAUUUUGACCUUUUUAAGGAUACUUUAAAGAAUCGCGCUUUGAAAGGUCACUCUUUUCUGGCUGUUGCCGUUCAAGAUGCUUCUGAAUGCCAGAUGAAAUGCAUCUCUGACUGUAGAUGUUUAUCAACCAACUAUAUAGAAAGCAGCAAAGGUGAAUAUGGAAGAUGUGAACUUAACAGUGCAGACCACGUCCUCAACCCAUUACAACUAGUAGAAACUCCUGCAAGCUACUACUAUAAAUUGGAAAGAAAGUUUAUUUGCGAAAAGGACGAAGCUGUUUUUGAUCCAAUUCGCCAUACUUGCCCCAAAUCGUGUUGCCUUCCAUCAACUUGCCCGCCACACACAACAUGCAGAGACAUGUGCCUUCCAAAAUUCAAAAGAUUCAUGUGUGUAUGUCCUCCAGGAAACACAAAUGGAUGUAAAGAACUUCCACGUAGCUGUUCUGAUAUCGCAAGAAUCUUUGGUUUUUCACCAGCGGAUGGUCUCUAUCUCGUGUACGAUUCUCAAGAAAAUUUGUAUCAAGUGUACUGUGAUUUCAGCUCGGAGCCACGUUUUGCAUUUACCCUGAUCGAGUCAUUCUCGUUUGUGAAUAGGGACAUCUUCAAAAGACUAGGCUUUUAUACAGAUGCUCCAAUGGGGCAGGAGUCUUUCAAAUGGGAAAAGCACCGGUUGUCUAAAACACGAAUGCAAGUCAUCGCUAACCACUCCACUCAUUUAAGAUCAACCUGCAACCGACCUACGGCCUUUAGAUAUACGGAUUAUUUCCGCGUGAAACUUCAAGAGCUGGAUCUUUUCAAGGUUUUUGAAGCGAAAUGCCCAAGAUAUGAAAGGAUAAACUUUAGUGGUCAUGAGUGCUUCAACUGCACCGUAGGAACAUGGCACGUUGCCAACGAACAUUUUCAUGUUAAUGGCUAUUAUAGUGUCUCAUUGGCAGGAUGCGAGUAUGRUUAUACGGGAUUCAACCAAGUACUGUUUGGCUUUUAUCCUGUUUCUGCGGUAAACCCAGGGUCUUUUAGUUGCUGCAACGCUGAUGAAUCAACAACGCAGUAUUGGAUAGGAAGCAGUGUCGUCAACUGAACAUACCACACAGUCACAUAGAUACGAAUCUGGUCUCAGUUUCACUGAGUCUAGUAUAAGACCAAAUGCAAACAUGGCCGCCUUUUUUUAAAAAUAGAGACACAGGGUUAGCCUCAUUUCGAUGUCAAAAAUAUUCACAAAUACCAACGGUAAUGUAUAUCAAGAAUGCACAAUUAACUUAUAUACAAAGCAAACACUUUGGAAUUCCACGGACCUUAAAAUAUUUUAAAUUUACAAUUUCGAGUUCAAAUCUUGGAUCUAGAAUGCACAAAAAAUGCUAAAACACAAUCACAAACAGGCAACUGCCAAUUGCAGGUUCGAAGUACAGUUAUGUUUUUACGGAUCCACGGAUCAUGUGCGGCUUUAAUUUUAACCAUAGUUAAUAUUAACUAUGUUUUAACGGAUCAAGGGAUUCGCAUACUCCUACUUAACCUCAUCCUUACAUAUAUAUAAAUAGACUUGUAGUCUGCAAAGUCAUUCCUGGUAAUAGUGCUUACGAACAGGAAUGGCCGGUUCCUGCAAACAAGCUGAUUUAGGUCAUUAAGAAUUAUAUUUACAAAUAAGUUUAUAUCUUAUAAGUUACUCACUAUAUAUAGUCUAUAGAGCCAUUCCUGGUAAAAGUGUUUGAGUCAGAACAUGAAUGGCUUACGCAAACAAGCUUUAUUCAGAGUACCUAACAACGUUUAGACCUGACCUUGACAACAUUAUGUUAUGAAGUCAAGGUACAUUGUUUUUAGAUAAUCGAUAAAACUCCAGCCGUUCCAAGCUUGACCAAAAAGCGCUGUAUUUACAAAUGAUUAUGCUUAUACAGGGCUAGUCCUAUCACGAGUUUUUUUUCGAUGUGUCACCACAGGUAGCCCAAGCUUGGUUUCGGUGGUGUCAUGUUAUAAGGAAAUGUAUGGGGAUACACUCAUUUCAAUAAAGUUAGUCACCAAAAAACCUAGAAAGCUGAGAUCACUGAGGAUCAUCGAAAACGUUUAAUAUCAAGCAAGUAAAGCUUUUUAUACAAUUUGCAGCUUGAGGAUGCUCAGAAGAGGUGAGACUGUAACUGGUAAAAGAUCUAAAAUCCAUCAACAGUUAUUAAAGAGGUCGAAACAUGUAAAAUGUUUCUACCCAUAAUCCUUGUUGGUCUCAGCUUUGUAGCUUUUCAGGCGACUAACUUUAUUGAAAUGAGUGUAUACCUAAUCGGCUAACAUGUUGCUAUGACCGUUACCACCCAAUUCAAACCUUCUGGGAAUAGAAGCGUUUGUCUCUACGAAUUCAACUGUGAAACCAAAAUAUAACGAACAAUGAAACUAAGUCCCAUGUGGUUUGAAUUGGGUGGAAACGUUUAUAGCAACAAGUUAGCCGAUUAGGUCCAUCAUCAAAAAUUUCAGUAAAAUCAUUGAAACGUGAAAUAAAGCCUCGAAA